AUGUGCAUUAUACUUGUCUAUGCCCUCGUAUUCACAGAGAUUUCUCUGGUUUACGCAUCACCAUCGCAGGGUCCAUUUCGAACUGUGUCUAACAAUCAUCAGUUCUACGAUAUCCAGGCUCAUCGCGGAGGAAGAGGAAAUGUUGUCGAGAGCACUCUACCGAGCUUUGCAUGGGGCCUCAUCGACGGCGCCACCACACUCGAACUAGACAAUGGCAUCACUCAGGAUGGUGAAGUCGUUGUAUGGCAUGACGAGAAUAUAUUACCAGAAAAAUGCUUUGACACUGCACCGGUGGUCCCAGAUGAUCCCGCAUAUCCUUAUGUCGGAAAGUUUAUAUCAAAUCUGACGUUGGCUCAGAUAAAGACCCUCGAUUGUGGAUCAAAGCGUCAAACGAAUUAUCCUCAACAGCUUGCAUAUCCUGGAGCACGGAUACCCACAUUACGGGAAGUUUUCGACUUCGUGUCAUGCGCAGAUCUGUCCCACCAGAUCCUUUGGAACAUCGAGUCAAAAAUUAACGCUCGAUACCCAAAUCAGACUGCCGGCGUGGAUGAUUUUGUCCAGAAGCAACAUGAGAUAUUUAUAUCUAGCCCAUACUACCAAUCUAUCACGUAUCAAAGUUUUGACUGGCGAACUCUGGUAUCCAUGAAGACAUUGGAUGAUAAACUUAUAACUUCUGCUCUUAUCGAUGAGGACACUGCUUUUACGCCGCGUGGCUCAACUUCCCCAUGGCUGGCCGGCCUACGCCUUGAAUCAUUUCCCGGACCAUCACUGUCCGAGCAGAUAGCACAAGCCGCCCAUGCUAUACAAGCGGAUAUUUUAUCUCCUACUGGAACAUUCCUCAUUCCCUCUUCAUCCCAUGAGGGAUUCUCUCACUUCACAACUCCUGAAAUGAUUAGCGAAGCUCACAGGUUCGGCAUGAAAGUUGUACCCUGGACUGUGAAUGGCUUAGACCGUGCCGAAGAGCUCUUCAAGGAUGGUGCAGAUGGAAUUAUUACGGAUUACCCAAAUGUUGUUAGGCGGUGGGCCAAACAACAAGGACUUCGGGUGGCGCCUAAAUAUCCCAGACAACGUGUCUUCUCCUGCUUAUACCAGCACAUGCGUUAG